CCAAAACGGGCGCUGAAUUCCAGCCCCGGUUUCGGCAACUCGCCCGAGACCCGAAGCCGGGCGCAGCUGUGAUGUGUUGAGAUGCCCGGCCGCGAUCGCACUGCGAAGAGGUUUGUAGAAUGCACGCUCUUCGUGUCGGUGGUCGUUGCUGUCUUCUCGUUGCUGGAGGUGAUGUUCGGUCAGGGAAGCCUUGUACAGGCCCCACUGCAGCCACAAGAGCUGCUCCUACAGUCCUUGCAGAGGCACAUGGAGCAGGGCGAGGACGAAGACGAGGUGGAGGAGCCAGCGGCAGAGGCCGCCCCGGCGCCGGCUCCAUCCCCGCCCUUGGCGCCCUUGGCGGUUGAAGCCGAAGCGCCGGACGCUGCCGCGUCUUUGCUGGAGGCUGCCCGCCUGGCUGAGGCGCCGGUCCACGCGGAGACAGUGCUAGACCCGGAGCAGGCGGAGAACAUGAAGAAGGCCCUUGCGGCCUGGCUCUCCCAGGUGGCCUCCUUCCAUGAGGUCGAGACCCUGCAUCUCUUGGCGCGGUGGCUCCAGGACAGCCCGGCUGACGAAGUCAACAACGAGCUGGACCGGCUGGUGGUCAAGGACCCCAACGCCGCCUGGGUCACCUGCGCCUCAGAGAACGAGCUCUGCAACUGCGCCAGUGGGCAGGUGCGAUACGGCCACUACCAGAAGGGCUGGUAUACCAAGAAGGGGAAGGAGCACAGCCUCUGUGUGCUGGACAAGUUCGGCAAGACGGACAUGGCGGUGGGCAUGCUGAAGACGUGCCAGUGCCAUGACCCGCCAGAUCGGGAAGUGGGCAUCGAUGGGCUGCGCCGCGUGAAGGUGCCUGCGACCCUGCCAGGCCGCUCUCGGGGAGCUCUCCGUGGGCCGGGCACUCUGUGGACACAGAUCGAUGAGCUCACCGCCUGGAUCGAGCAGGCGCAGGGCCAGCAGAUCCUGGCGCUCUCGCGGGUCUACCAGUGGCUGGAGUCCGGCAGCGCCACCUCCAAGGUAGCCGCAAGCGUGGCCAAAGCCGCCCGCAAGGCCCUGGCGGUGGGAAAGGUCUGUGAGGAUGGCAGGGAGCCCAACAUCAGCCGCUGCUCCAUCACCACCAUGGACUUGUGCCGCGGAGCCUGCGGCCACCACGAAGACUUGAGCAAGCUCACUUGGAGGCCGCCUGCUUCCCCCCGCACGCAGAUGUGCCGCGACGGCGCCCUGCUGGAGCCGCUCUGGUCCUGCGACCGCGACUUCUCGCGGGUGCCUCCAGCAGGGCACCCGCAUGAGGACGCCCAAAAAGUCCUGGAGCAAAGCAUCCAGGUCAUGUGCGACGAGCAGCACCUAAGACAUCUCUGGGCCACUUACUUGGACUGCGACUUCCUGGACAACUACCUUCGCCUCGCCGCCUCGGAGUGGCUGGAAGAGGCCUACGUGACCUACGUCGCAGGGCCCCAGGACUCCGUUUAUGCCCUCCAGGCGGUGAAUCUGAUCCGGUCCAUCGACCUGUUCUCCACCCGGCCGGUGGUGGUGGUUGUCUUCGACGACAAGUUCUUGACGCCUGGCCAGUGGCGAAGCUUCCCCAACGUCAUUGUCUACAAGAUGCCGCCUAUCAAAGGGCGGGCGGUGUCCUUCAACUUCAACAAGCUCAGGGCCAUGGUGGCCGCCAGGGUUCUGGUGGGUAUCCAGCUGGACACCGACCAGUUGAUUAGCCCAGGCCUGGAUAGGAUGUUCGCCUCAACUCGCCGCGAGAUCCACUCACACUACCCCUGGGUGAUGCUGCCGGUGCACUGGAUGUCGAGGGACGCCAAGAAGGGGGAACUCUACUCCGAUAUGAACUUUGAGGGUUGGAGCGGCACGCGGACCAUGAGGUGGGGCCACGCGCACCCUUCGUGGACCUAUUGGGCGUUGCCCUUCCUGCUGGACCUGCUCUAUGAGAGGUUCAUGGCUUCCUCGAGGCCCGGGAAGAUCCAGGUCUGGGACCUGCAGAGGGCCAAGGACCUGGGGAUGACGCAAGUGCUCACGGGCAUGAAGGUGAGCCGCCAGGCGCGCUACAGCGUUUUCAUGCUGGAGGAUGAGGAUAUGCUGAACGUGGGGCUUUGGCGCGACCUUGCCACCAAGGAGUGGUGCAAGUUCGACCUGGAGUGGGCCCUCUUCAAGGAGCGCUGGGAGGUGGCCGAGAAGCCGAUGAGCGACUCCAAGCCCGGAGGCCCAAGACCUCCACCCCAUGGCCUGGGAAAAAGCGGUGGUAUCCGGAUGGUGUACCCACAGUCUACCUCUCCAUGCACAACACCAAGCAGUUUGAGAUCACCGAUUGGCUGCUCUCGUGGUUUGCGCGGUGCCACCGGUUCACGGCCAAGUGUCACGACGCAGGCGCGAGAGGCGCCGUUGCCCAAUUGUCUCGAGGACUCGUCGUCGGAGCGGAAGCUGCGGCGCCGGCCCGGGGAGUACCUGGCGCAGAUGUGCUGCUGCUUGCAGCCCCGCCUCGAGAAGUGGAUCUACUGGGGCUCGGAGUGGUUCGAUGAUGGCGCCGCGGUCCCAGGCAAAAUGCCGGGCAUGGUGAAGAAUCGGACGUGCACACUUCCUUAAGGCCCGUGCUGUCGUUGACCUCGGGCUGCGGCCGGAAGUGCAUGAGCUUGCCGUAGGUUUGGUCCAUUCGCAGCUCUCGAAUGUCGCAGCAUCUCUGGUGUUUGCCUAUCCCGGUUGAGUGGCCUCCUUUAGCUCCA